GACUGGAACAUGAAAUGAGGCGAGUCCUCCGGCUCUGACUGUGUAGUGGUUCUCAAUUCUCAACUUUCUGCUGACAAAGUUGUUGGACUCCCUGGCUGGACGACAGUGCAGCACCAUGGGACAUUGCGCAGGACCUAUUGCACCUGCCAGUGGAGCGUUUGGUGCAUCACAGUGACAGAGUGGAGCUCUGGAGCCUCUCCUGCUCUCCUCUGCUUCUGCCCACACCACUUGUUUUAUGAACCCAGUGUGAAAGCUCUCCCAGCCUCUUCCUCCUCCUCCUCCUCCUCCUCCUCCUCCUCCACACAGAAGAGCCAAACAUGCCUUCACCUUCAGACUCCAGCAGCGUGGCUUCGGCUUCGGGGUCCCGCGGCUGGUCGGACAGCCGCAGAGGCAUGUCGGGCCGGGGUCCCGGAGGGGCUCGCCUGCUGCUGUACCUGGGACUGUGCCACCUGGGCCUGGGCGCCAUGGUCCUGGCCUUCUCCUUCACCAGCAUGGCCUUCACCUCCUCAGCCCGCGUGAGGCAGUCCUGUCCGUUCUGGGCGGGCUUCUUUGUGGUGGCAUCAGGGAUAGUGGGGAUAAUCUCAUGGAGGAGGCCUCUGACGCUGGUGGUGUCACUGUUCAUGCUGCUGUCGGCGGUGUGUGUGAUCCUCAGUCUGGCAGGCUCGAUGCUCUCCUGUCAGAACGCACAGAUGGUGAAGUCCAUGCUCACCUGCCAGGUGGAGAACGGCCUGUGUGUGUGUUGCGUACACACUCGCCCCUGCUCCAUCACAGAGGAGGACACCCUGGUCCUCUACCUGAACGCUGACUGCCACUCAGUCAGGCAUCAGCUGAAGGACCUAUUGUUCAGUGCAUGUGGCCUCAGCAUUCUCUCCACCAUCAUUUGUACGCUGUCCACCGUGACCUGCAGCAUCCACAUUUUCUCCCUGGACCUCGUGCACCUGCUGGCUCCACAUCGUUCUCGAUCAGUCAACCCAGAAUGCACCACUCCUCAGGAUGCCUUUCUGACCAACAUCAUGGACUUUGAGGAGUUUGUUCCGCCCAUUCCUCCACCCCCGUACUAUCCUCCCGAGUAUACCUGCAGCUCAGAGACGGACGCUCAGAGUAUCACUUAUAACGGCUCCAUGGAGAGUCCAGUUCCUCUCUACCCCACCGACUGCCCUCCUCCUUAUGAAGCUGUGAUGGGACAGAGAGCUGCCAGUCAGGCGACCAUGUUUGACCCUCAUGGCAAUGAGCUGUCUGGAGAGAGAGGAACUUCUACAGCCUUCAGUGGAGAAGUGUCCAUGGACAGUGGAUCGUUGCUCAUGUCGGAGAUCGUGGACAUCCCUGACGACUCCUCCCCCUCGGAGGACUCCUGCUUGAUGGAAGUGGGGCUGAGGAACCGCAGAGAGAGUGGCAACAGGACCGCCAGCGAGGGGGGAGACGGUGCAGACGGAGGGGAGUACAUCAGCUUCCGGGGUCCGCCGUCUCAGACGCCGGAGAGUCCGCUGGCCGGUGGUCCGAGAGCCCGGCGAUUCCUCAGGGGAGAGAGGUCCAACUCCUGCUCCUCCCCCAGCACCGCCACCACCACCUACAGAUCUCCAGUCCUGCAACGCCAGCCCACACUGGCCAGCAGCUGUUCUCAACUGGACGCCAUAGGAAGUUCCACCUCUCAGCAGCAAACUUACAUCCCAGAGAUUCGAGUUCGCCCCUCCACCCCCACAAGCCAAGGACCCGUUCCGGCCCCCGCUGCCACGCUCAGCUCCUUAUCCCCGGCUCCCGCCGAGCACGGCAACGGGCCGCAGCUCUCACGCCAACCCCUGUACCUUCGACAAACGUCUGGGAAAAGCGAAAAAGACGGAGAGCGCGUGAGAAGAGAUAGUGAAGGGUUCUUACGUCUGGUGCGGUCACACAGCGAGCCAGGCCUCGGCUCCUCCACCGACACCGUUGACUUUGGUUCUGGAGGCUCUAAAGGCUCUAUAGACACUGGUCCAUCGUCUGAGGCGUGUCUGCUGCCCCGCAACUCCUCACCUCCAGUUGCUGCUCUGCCCAGAAAAGGCAGCAUGAAAUCAGCAGCAACAGGAGUGCAGGUCCCCUCGAAACCGACUCCCACCUCCCCCGUGCGUUUACCUAAAGACUGCCACCGCUCCCUGGGAGACCUGAAGGUUACACGGGUUCUGGUGGCUCGCUUCCUGCAGCGUUCCAAGCGUAACCUGGCGCCCUCCUCUGAGCAUGCUGGGAGCACAGGGCAGGGCCCGAAAAGGAGGGGUGGAUCUGAUGGCGCGGCCACCAACCACCUGGCCCUGGAGCAAGUGUUGCGGGCUCCCUGGAGCACCAGCCGAGGACAACCAAACCACCAUUCCCAUCAUCCUCAUCACCGCGGACAUCACCACUCCCACAGUGACAGUCGACACAACCGGCACCACGGCACCCGGGCACCGGAGGGCAUCCACCUGCGCAGCUGCGGAGAUCUGAGCUCCUCCUCGUCGGCGUCACUGCGGCGCCUAGUAACGCCAAACCCCCCGCACGGGUCGUCAGGAGCGCUCUACUCAGAGUCUGUACUGUGAGGAAGAGGAGAGG